CAUUCGUGGUUUUUUGUUUUUGUUUAUUGGAUUGUAACAUGUAUUAAAUAUAUAAGAAUUCAAGAAACUGUAUUUUUUUCUCUCAUUGACUUGGUCCAAUAAAUACUCAUUGUAAAAAUGUCACAAGCUCAAAAAGCUGAAGACUGUUUUGAAAAAAGUGAAGUAAACACUUCGAAUGUGAAGGAGGAAAAUCCAGAACAAAAUAAUGAUAAUAAUUUAAGGGUGAUGAAUAAAGAACAGCUGGAUAACCAUAUACAAAGUAUAAAUGCAAAAAAGAGAAAUUUAUGCAACUUACCAUAUGAAAAAAAGUUACUGAAAUUGGCAUUGUAUUCAAGAUGCAGAAUAGACCAAUGCAUAUGCACAGGAUGGAAAUGGCUCAAGGAUUAUAAGCGAAAUCCUAAUGGAUUACCUAGUAAUACAGAUUUAUGCAGAACAUGCAUGCACUCUCUAGAAAGUCAUAAUUCUCAUUUGAAUGGAGUUGCGGAAGAGACAUUAAAUGAUUUAUUGAAAGCUACUGUAGAUAUUGAAAAUAUGUUUGCUUCGUUAACUAGAGAACAGGAUGAAGACACUAAAAAAGUUUAUUGCUACUUAUUUAAGUAUAUACGUGCCUAUACAUCAACAAUGAGCAAACCUACGAUAGACCCACCAAUAUCUAGUCCGCCAUUUGAGAAUCCGACAAUUGAGAAAGCAGUAGAAAAUUUUUUACUUAUGAAGAAACGUGGUACUUCGAAUUUGGAAUGGCAGGAAAUUUAUAAAUCAGCAAAAAUGUUUCUCCAUUGCUUAAAUCGCUAUAACUUUGAUACUCCUACUUCCUUCAACGAAAGCAGACCUUACAGUUCUCCGGAGCAACAGGGAAAUUAUAAAUUACAAUACAUGAGGUGGCUGGUAUAUUGCUAUGUACCAGGAGUUUGUGAGACGUUAGAUCGACAUGAGACUACUGAAGUAUUUGGCAAAGAAACCCUGUUGAUGAUUUAUGAUUCUGUUCAUCAAAAAUUGCUAGAUAAGUUUAAAGCAGAUGCGCAACAGACUUAUCAUGAUAAAAAAAUUGCAGAAUAUAAGGAUGUGUUUUUUAUUUUAGUUGCUCGCCAAGGCGAAUUUGAAAGAGUUCAACUACCUUGCUUAGAUUCUACGUCAGGUUACACUACUAUCUCUUUAUGUGGAAAUCCUCGGAAAAGGAGUUCUUUUAUUGGAUCGACUUGUAAACGGGCCAAAAUGGAUAUAUUGGAAAGUGAACAAUUGAAUGAAAAUCACAUUGUCAAUAUUAUUAAAAUUAUUGAUGACCCAAACUAUAUAACCGGUCCUGAGGAGAUAUGUUAUCCUAAAAGAGCACCCAGGGAUGAACGCAUAAAAAAGGAAGAAAGCCAAAAUGAGAUUCAAAUUCAUCUUUUGUCGAAUUCUAUGAUUCUACCUGUGCCUAAGCAGAUUAUGCUUUGGCUAGUAGAAUUGCAUGCUGUAUUUGCAAAGCAAUUGCCAUUUAUGCCUCUUGAAUACAUCAGCCAAUUACUCUUUGAUUGGUAA